AUGGAUCACAGCGGAAUGGACCACGGCGGCAUGGAUCACGGCGGCAUGGACAUGGGCGGCAGCGGCGACCGACAGUGCCAGAUUAGCAUGCUCUUCAAUGCAAACACCAUCGGCAGCUGCUUCUUCAGCGAGAAGUUUUACAUUGCGACCAACGGCCAGUUUGCCGGCGCCUGCAUUCUCGCUCUCGUCCUCGUCAUCUCCCUCGAGGCUCUCCGCCGCGCCACCCGCGAGUUUGACCGCUUCAUCACCGGCCAGCACAUUACCAAGUUCCGCGCCCAAAACGGCGGCGCCGCGGCCUCGCGCAAGGACAGCUCCGAGGGCGUCGUCGCCCCCUGUGCCCCGAUCCCGCCUUUCCGUCCGAGCUUGGUGCAGCAGGCCACCCGCGCCUUUCUGCACAUGCUCCAGUUUGGAGUCGCCUACAUUGUCAUGCUGUUCGCCAUGUACUACAAUGGCUACAUUCUACUCUGCAUCGUCCUCGGCGCAUUCAUUGGCUACAUGGCCUUCAACUGGGAGCCAAUUGCCGUGUCGGAUGAACCAAGCGGCACCAAGGAGGCUACUGUUUGCUGCGGUUAA